UGACUGGUGCACCCAACAGUACGUCUGUCUGACAGCCGUAUCCUUGUCCAUCACUCGACCGGCUGAAUUGACCAGAGCAGUUCUGUCCUGGGGGGCUUUUUGACCGCGGUCAUGCUGGCUGCCGGCCAACGAUUCCUCGACCAGGAACUUGGCGCAGCCCGGUACCCCGACCCCGUUCAUGCUUUCGUACAGUUUCUACACAUGGCCCAUCCCGGCCCGUCGAUCAUUACCUGCACGCUGCUACGAGUGUCAUCUAAGCACUGCGUCGUCCAAGUCGAACUAGCCCGUGCUCCGGCUGCUUCGGAGGAUCUUGACUCCCUCCCAGUCGCUACCCUUGGUAUUUUCACGUACGGCGACAUCCGAAAGGAGAAGGGGCUAUCACAAGAAUCCCGGUCGGCCAUCGGAAGACCACCUCCAGACCGGAGAUCCGAGUGCGUUACGAUCGACAACCCCAUCGUUAAUGCGACACCCGUCACCGCAAAGAUGAACUGGGUCGCACCGCGAUCGCCAGAUGGACUCUGGGGGCAUCGUCUCGGGGGACACAAUCGCGAGCUUUGGCUAUCUUUCCGUGAUGGCUCGAGAAUAUCGGACAUUUUGCAUCUGGCAUAUGUCUCAGACCUGCCACUCCAGCCACCGGCGACUCAUAUCCCCGACUUCUACGCUAAAUAUGCCAUCUCCACUCUCUGUUUGUCGAUCGAGUUCAAGAGACGGCCCGACCCGUCGACGGAAUGGGUGAUGAUCCGCUCCAACUCGAACAAGGUCUCCAACGGUCGGUAUGAUGCGGCCCUCCAGAUCUUCGACGAGAAGAACAAUCUUUUAGCCUUGAGCCAUCAUGUCGUGUUUACAUCCGACUUGAAGCCGAGGCCGGCUCGGAUGUGAGAUGCGUCCUCCGUAGUUCUAGUAGUUGCAUUCCCCAGUUUGGGGCACCAGCGUUACAUAUGAUAGUCAGAUAUUUCCGAAUACACAGUAAAAUGACACAAAAUUAUUAC